AAACACUUACCGCUCACUUUGAACAAUUAAGCAUGCCAAUUGUGUGUGCGAAUAUCAAUACGACAUUAAAUCCUUUACUUGGGGCAUACAUAAAGCCAUAUCAUAUAUUUGAAGAGUACAAUCUUGCUGUUAUUGGUUAUAUAACUAAUGUAACAGAUGAUGUUUCCAACACGGGCUCAACCAUAUCAUUCAUCGAUCCAAUUCCUAUAGUUCAACAUUAUGUUGAUGAAAUACAUUCAUUAGGAAUUAACCGAAUUUUAACACUUUCUCAUAAUGGAUACAAACCCGAUAAGGAAUUAGCUGCAAAGACCCGUGGUAUUGCUGUGCAUAUUGGAGGGCAUAGUCAUAGUUUUUUAUCUAACGAUAUUACUUCAAAGGAUUAUUCUUUAAUAGAAGGUCCAUACCCUACGAUUGUCAAGAAUGCUGGGGGAGAGGAUACCUUGAUCGUCCAGGCAUUCUGGUCCGGAAAAUAUAUUGGACGUUUAGACGUUUCAUUUAAUGAAGCCGGAAAAAUAGUCGCCUAUUCUGGUGCCCCAAUUUUGAUUGAUCAAUCAAUUCCUCAAGACCUUGUUUUAGUUAAUUUAGUAAGCCAAUGGAGAUCCCCGUUUGAUAAAUAUACAAAUAUUAUAAUUGGUAAUGCACUAGACGCGUUUGAUCAUUCCAAAUGUCAGAUAGAAGAAUGUACAAUUGGAAACUUAAUCGCUGACUCAUUGCUUUGGUAUUGUCAGCAAAAUAUUAGUGGUAAAUUAAAUUAUACAAAAGCAAAUGAUACUACUAAGUUUGACAUUACGAAAAUAAAUGCUGCAUUCAUAAAUGCUGGAGAGAUCAGAGCUGGACUACUGGAAGGACCCAUAACAAAAGCGAAUAUUUUGACCAUUAUACCAUUCAAAAGUUCUCUGGUGAUUUUACCCUUAACUGGAAAAAACAUUUCAGAUUUGUUAGAAACGGCAGUAGGAAGAUCACGUAACAUUAUUUCAGGAAAAGAAGUUAAUGGUUUUAUUCAAGUUUCCGGAAUCAGGUUUAAAUAUGAUAGUAACAAACCGAUAUUUGAAAGGCUGAUCGAGAUAAAAGUCUGGAGUUGGGAUACCAGAAUAUUUGAGUCGAUUGUAAAUGAUAGAAUUUAUGAUAUUGCAACUAUUGAUUUUGUCGCAAGUGGUGGUGAUGG